UUUGCCAUUAUGCCUCAAACCCGGUCCCAGUCACAGACUACAAUCAAUUUUCAAAAAAAGAAACUGUCUCGGACAUUGAACAAAGCUAAAAACUGUGGUGACACCAAACUAGAACCAACGAAUGUUAAGGUUAUACCCUGUUCUCCUUGUGAAAAAAUUCUUCCUCUCAGCCCUAGAAAACGUCUAGGUGAUGAUAACCUGUGCAACACUCCCCAUUUACCUUCCUGUUCUCCACCAAAGCAAGGCAAGAAAGAGAAUGGUCCCCCUAGCUCACGUCUGCAUAAGGGGCGCAAACUGGUAUUUGACAAUCAGCUGACAAUGACAUCUAGCAAAAGAGAACAAGACAGCAUUCACCAAAACAAAAUACUUUUGUCAGUUCAAAAAGGUCAAGAGAUUACAACAAAUUCUGGGCAGAGAUGUCCACUGGAGAAAGAAUCUGCAUGUAUAAGACUGUUUAAGCAAGAAGGCACUUGCUACCAGCAAGCAAAGCUGGUCCUGAAUACAGCUGUCCCAGAUCGGCUGCCUGCCAGAGAAAAGGAGAUGGAUGUCAUCCGGAAUUUUCUGAGGGAGCACAUCUGUGGAAAAAAAGCUGGAAGUCUUUAUCUUUCUGGUGCUCCUGGAACUGGAAAAACUGCCUGCUUAAGCCGAAUUCUGCAAGACUUUAAGAAGGAAUUGAAAAGUUUUAAAACUAUUGUGCUGAAUUGCAUGUCCUUGAGGAGUGCUCAGGCUGUCUUCCCAGCUAUUGCUCAGGAGAUUUGUCAGGAAGGAGUAUCCAAGCCAGCUGGGAAGGACAUGGUGAGGAAGUUGGAAAAACAUAUGACUGCGGAGAAGGGCCCCAUGAUUGUGUUGGUGUUGGAUGAGAUGGACCAGCUGGAUAGCAAAGGGCAGGAUGUAUUAUACACGCUGUUUGAAUGGCCAUGGCUGAGCAAUUCUCGAUUGGUGUUGAUUGGUAUUGCUAAUACCUUGGAUCUCACAGACAGAAUUCUGCCUAGGCUUCAAGCUAGAGAAAAAUAUAAGCCACAGCUAUUGAAUUUCCCACCUUAUACCAGAAAUCAGAUCGCCACUAUUUUGCAGGACCGACUUAAUCAGGUGUCUGGAGAUCAGGUUCUGGAUAAUGCUGCAAUUCAGUUCUGUGCACGCAAAGUCUCAGCUGUGUCGGGAGACGUGCGCAAAGCGCUAGAUGUUUGCAGGCGAGCUAUUGAAAUUGUAGAGUCGGAUGUCAAAAGCCAGACUAUCCUGAAACCACUGUCUGAAUGUAAGUCAUCCUCGGAGGCUCUGGUUCCCAAGCGAGUUGGUCUCACUCACAUAUCCCAAGUUAUUUCAGAAGUUGACAGUAACAGGAUGACUUUGGGCCAAGAAGGAGCACAAGAUUCCUUCCCUCUUCAGCAGAAGAUCUUGGUCUGCUCUUUGUUGCUCUUGACCAGGCAGUUGAAAAUCAAAGAGGUCACUCUGGGGAAGUUAUAUGAAGCCUAUAGUAACGUCUGUCGAAAACAGCAGGUGGCAGCUGUGGACCAGUCAGAGUGUUUGUCGCUUUCAGGGCUCUUGGAGGCCAGGGGCAUUUUAGGAUUAAAGAAAAACAAGGACACUCGCUUCACAAAGAUGUUUUUGAAGAUUGAAGAGAAAGAAAUAGAGCAUGCUCUGAAAGACAAAGCUUUAAUUGGAAAUAUUUUAACCACUGGAUUGGCCUAA